AUGAAGAUUGCGGUUUGGUGGCCUGGUAUGGAUGCUGACGCAGAGAAAACUUGUCGAGAGUGUUUUGAUUGCCAACUGGUUGCACCGUUCGAUCCGCCGGAGCCUCUAUGUAUCCGGGACUUGCCAGCCGCUCCAUGGGUUCACGUGGCAGGGGAUUUUCUUGGACCAUUACCGGAUAAUAGCUAUGUGUUUGUGUUGAUCGACCUCUACAGUCGAUAUGUUUUGGCUGAACCAAUGACUCGUACUACAUCACGUGACGUGAUUGGCUUUUUGACGACUAUCUUUACUAGGAUGGGACUUCCGCAAGUGAUGACCUUCGAUAAUGCUAGGAACUUCUCAAGCCAAGAGAUGAAAGACUAUUGCAUUGAUCACGGGAUCAAGUUGACUCACACUACUCCAUACUAUCCGAGUGCAAACGGCGAGGUCGAACGCCAAAACCGAUCAAUAUUGAAAGUACUGAAAAUAAGCAAACAGCAGAACACUAACUGGAAAGUUGCUCUUCAAGAAUACCUAUAUAUGUACUCUGUUACUCCACAUUCUGUGACAGGUGUUUCACUGGCACAAUUGAUGUUCGGGAGAAGAUUCCGAGACUUGAUUCCUCACAUCCAAAUGCAAGUAAUGGACGACCAUGAAAUGCGUGAUCGGGACCGAAUGAUGAAAUACCAAGCAAAAGUCAACAGAGACGAAAAAGUUGGAGCGAAGAAGUCAUUGGUGUCGGUUGGAGAUGAGGUGUUAAUGAAGAACAUGUUACCGGAAAACAAACUCGCCUCUAAAAUUUAUAUCUACACCAGCGAAGGUAAUCGAGCGACGUGGGAAUAG